AUGAAAAUCGCCCUCUCCCCCAUCAAUCUUCACGAUCCAAUUCAGUUUAGUGAACUGCAAUCCCAGCGCCUCCAAUGCGGCUGGGACAACAGCCCCGCGCAUCUCCUCAAAUGGCGUGAAAUGGCCGACCAUGGCCGGAAGUCAUUUUUCUGGAUCACCAGCACUCUGUCGCAUGACCAUGACCACAAUCAUAAUCCUGAUCAGAAACAUGAACACAAAGAUCAAACAGAAAGACAAACCCUUAUAGGACAUAUAUCUCUCGAUUCCUACUCCGAUCUAGACGACCUCUCCCUCGCCAGCCCCGACCGCUCCGCCCUAACUGUCCAGACAUUCUUCAUCAAGCACGAGUACCAACGUCUUGGCAUCGGCAGCCAAGCCAUGGACCUGGUAGAAGAAAUGGCACGGGAAGAGCCCUACGGCAGUCCGCACUGCCAGUACGUGACCCUGUCGACGCUGAAUCGGCGACAUUGUUACGAGACCGGCCCCGUGUGGGAUGCCGCCAGGGAGAUCCUACCCCCGGGAUACUUGGAUUUCUGUCUUGCGGACUGGUACGAGAAAAGGGGAUAUGUGUGUUGGAAGUCGGUGUGGCGUGACCAUGAGCCGGAUUUUCAGGGGAGGGUGUUGCGUGUGUUGGUGGAUUUUAUGAGGAAGGGUUGUUUAUAA